AUGAAUUCACAUAAUCAAAUUGAAAUGAAACACCCGAUUCAAUUAUUAAAAAACUUAUCACCUGAUUUUUCAAUAAAACAAAAACAUAAAACAUACAACAAAUUUAUGAGUUCAAUUAAUCAGAAUGAAUUAAUGAACAGUUCAAAAUGUAUUAGUAACAACAAUGUCAAUCAUAAACAGUCACAUUUACAAUGUACAAUUGAUAAAACAGAGUUUAUAAUGAAAGAAAAUCAUAGAAAUAUAACAAUAUUUCACAAUCCAUAUCAUCAUCAUUCUAUUCCUAAUAUAUCUAACUUAGUUAAAAACAAUGUAAACAAUCUUUCAUAUACUAAUAUAAUGCCUUAUAAAGGUUAUUCACAAAGUCAAUUAAAUCAUAUUCCUAUCAAUGAUCAAGUUGAUGGACAAAUUUCAUCGAGUGAUACAUCGAAAACUUUAUAUACAGGAAAUGUUUAUAAAAAAUAUCAUUCUUUACAAAAUUUAAUACCUUCAAAUCAACAAAUUCAUCUAGAACAUCAAAAAUAUUCAUUAUCUAAAUUGAAUUAUUCUUCAUUAGCUACAAUUCCAUUACAAACAAAUAUUCAUAGUUUAAAACAAAUGUAUCAAUCACAGUCAACAUAUGUUAUUGUUUGUGAAUAUCCAGUCAAUUUAUCUGUACGUUAUAUGGCUAAUAGAAAUUAUGAAUUACCUAAUUCAUUUGAAUCUAUUACAUUAAUUUUAUGUCAACCAAUUACAUUUAAACAAUUAUGGAUUGGUUAUAUAGUAAUACCGGAUAAAUUUGAUCAUUUCAAUAUCAUUCAUACAUCUUUAAUAAAUUCUGAUCUUAUUCAAUGUUAUAUUAAAAAAAUUCAUAAAAAUCUUAAUGAUAAAUUCUAUCAUACACAUUGUAUUGUUAUGAAAUUAAAUAAAGAUACUACUUAUAAUACGGUACAAAUGAAACAGAAACAAUUCAAAUCUCAUUCAAUAUUAAAAUCAAUAUUUCGAAGAUUAUUUAAUAAAUUGUCUAAAACUAAUAAUAAUAUUUAUAAAAAUCAAUUUAUCAGUGAUAAUAAUAUUUUCAUCAAAAAUAAACACUACUUUGAAUAUUGUAUAUGUAAAAUAGAAUCAAUAGAAUCAGGAAUCAAUGAAAAAAUUCAUCAACAAUCAAUGGAAUUCUUUUCAGAAUUGGAUAAAUUAAUUAGUAAUUCAAUAGUAUUCCAUUUUCAACCGGAAUCAGAGAAACAGUUAGCAAUCGAAAGGCAAAGACAUAAAUACAAACUGGAACUAUCAACAUUACAGUCUAAUACAAAUUCAUCAGAAUGUAUUAGAAAUCAAAUAUCUUUUCCCUGUUUAUUUCGACAUAUUUAUUCACUUAGUAGAGAUGAUUUACAAACAAUCAGAACAAUCUAUGGAUUCGAAGUUUAA